UCGUUCUGGCGUUCUUAUACACAGCUUUCGUUUCGUUGAUAUUUAAUGACCUACUUUAGUUUACCUAAGUAGUACAAUUUAAGUACUAUUUGUGUCAUUUUUGUUAUUUAUAUGUUUCUUGAAGCAAAAUGACUAAACCAGAUAUAGGAUUAGGAUAUUUUUAUCAUUUGCCUUCGACAGGUUGGACUUUAAAAAUUAGAAACAGCCUGUCACAGUUUAGUGACUUAUUCAGUGAAUUCAAUAAAUAUAUAGCACCGGCUUAUCAUCAUGAUAGAUGCGAAAGAUCUGUUCAAAUGCGUCUCUAUUCAAUGCAUAAAAGGGAGUUCGUAAUGAUAUUCAUUGCGUUUCUUGGAUGCUUUGGAUUAGCUACUUUUAUUGGUUUAGCAGGACCUCCCAUAACCAGUGCCACAGAAGUGGAUGGAAAAUCUCUACUUCCGAAGGAUAACCAAACAGGUUCAGGAUCUAUAGCUACAGGACCCUUCAUUAUGCGUACACCUACAAUGAGCACGUACAGUCAACAACUCUGGGUUAUAUGUAAAUUAGCAACUGAUAAUAAUGACGAUGAAAUAUUUGAUAAGAGUUUUCAAGUUAGUGUAACAGUCGAGGGUCUGACAGAUGAACAUAAACCCAUUAGUAUUAACCAUAACCACAUCACCAGGAAUAGGACCCGCCAUUUAAGGUGCAUAAAUCAAGAGUGUGACGAAUUUAUCGUGGUUCAUUUGGGAUAUUUAGAAUACGCGCAUUACAUUAUUACAGUAAGAUUUUCUGAGUUGGAAUCCUUUCAUCAAAGGUACAACAUCAAGGAACUUAGCUUCUAUUUUAAGACUUACAACCCUGCGUUUACGCAAAUUGAAAUAUGGUUUCGUUUUAUAUUUUUAAUAUCCACAUUUAUAAUCGCAUGCUGGUUUUCCCACACACUCCGAAAGUACAUUAUGUUUGACUGGUCCAUUGAACAAAAGUGGUUAUCGAUAUUGCUUCCAAUGCUGAUACUGUACAAUGAUCCCAUAUUUCCCAUGAUUUUUCUCGUCAAUUCGUGGAUACCUGGAAUGCUGGAUGCAAUUGGUCAGACAACUUUUUUGUGUUGCUUGCUGUUGUUCUGGUUGUGUGUCUACCACGGAAUACGACAAAAUGAAAGAAGAUUUUUAAGCUUUUACUUUCCAAAGCUGUUUAUAGUCGGCAUGCUUUGGCUUCCUCCAAUUAUAAUGGCAACCUGGGAAAAAUGUAACGAACUGCAUGAUCCGACGUACAACCAUACAGUGGACGCACAUAAUUAUUACAACUUGAAGGUUUUCUUCUUUGCUGCAGGUGGAAUUUAUUUGGUAUAUUUACUUAUGUUGCUUUUAAAAGCGUACACAGAAUUACGUUCCAUGCCAUUUUUCGAUAAGAGAUUAAAGUUCCUUACCAUAUUGAUGUUAUUCGUCCUCAUUAUUACAUUUAUCAUUACCGGUCUUAGAUUUGGAGUGGGAAUUUUGGAAGACAAUUUCGUAGCAUUACUUUCGACUCACUACAGUAGUUCAGCACAUUUUAUGUCGUUUUACGGUUUACUUAAUAUUUAUGUGUACACGAUGGCGUAUGUAUACUCGCCUGGUAAUGGAGAAACGUAUGCAGCUUUAACGAAAGAUAAUCCUUCAUUUUCUAUGAUCAAUGAUUCCGAUGAAGAUGUCAUUUUUGGAUCUGAUGAUGAAAGCAGAAAACCGUUAAAUAGAAGCCGAAAUGAUGAUAGUGAUUAAGAGCAUGUGUGCCGCAUUAGAUAUACUUAUGAUUGUGUAUUAUUAAACCAAUGUUGUUACAAUAAUUUUCAAAUCGGCACCUGAAACCGGCUAGUACAGAACUUUAUAAUAAUGCAUAUAUUUUAUAUGGUAACUUUCAUAUUUAUUUAUUACAAAGUAUUAGUUUUAUUGGUUUGUCCAUUUUGAUCAUUAUGCAUUUAUGUGGCCAAUCGUAGCUGCGGGGAUUCCACCGGACAAAUUUGGCUUUUAGUGGAUAAAGUUCUCCUCGAGAGGAUUUACCGAAAUUGAGAAAAGAGUCCCCUUUUUGGUCAUUAGUAAGUGAACUCUAUGAACAUAAGGGCGAGAAUGGAUUAGAUUGUAUAACUGAGUAUAUUUAUAUAAAUAUUAUUUGCAAUAUUGCAUUUUAUACAUUAAAAUGUUUUUAUUGUAGGUAUCUAGGUUUCCGUGACGAACAAAAG